AUGAUGCGGAAGAGUAGCAAUGCCUGGAAUAUCGCUCCGCAGGGAAGCUUCCUAGUCAUCCUCUCCGUGCUUCCCUGGUUGUACGUCGCUUUUGACUUCAUCGGAAACUGCCGCCAUGGCCCAUCCGCGGAGCAAGAGAUGUACCUAUCCCGGCUGCAGCCCAUCACUCCCUUCCAACAAAUCCUCGACAAUGUCACAUCCGAUAAACGCGCGAGCCACUACGGCGCGUUCUACAGCCUGUAUCUCGACCCCUUACGCCGACCGCAACUAACCCGUGGUGACGAUCGGAUCCCAAUCUGGGAAAACCAGGAGGUUAACUUGCUGACAGUCGGUCGUGCGUACGGCGACUCGCUGCAGCUGUGGAAGCGGGCAUUCCCGAGGGGUGUUAUCUACGGCAUUGCAAAUGACACCACCUCCUCCUUGAUGCUCCAGGCAGCGGCGAGGGACCCGCGGGUGCGGCUGAUGGUGGGCGACCAGGCGAAUGGGAAUUUCUUGCAGAAAGCGGUUUCUGAUAUUAAGAAUGAGGUGGGCCUUCUUGACUUCAUAGUGGACGAUGGUAGUCACACCAUCGAUCAGCAACAGACAUCCCUCAAACACCUCCUUCCGCUUGUCAAGCCUGGUGGAACCUACUUCAUUGAAAAUGUGGAGACGUCUUAUACGGAAGGCAUUCCUGAAGGGGACACCACUAUGCACGUUAUGCAGUCGCUCUUAGACGCGAUGAACAAGGAGUUUUUUGAGAAGCAGGUGUAUUUCAAGAACAUGGCGCAUGGGAAGUUCUAUGCAACUCCGGUGGAGAAAUUAGUGGGGUCUGCCGGCUUCAUCUCGUUCGAAGCGAUCGUCAACCAAGGCACGUCCGAUAAGCGCACGCAUCACUACGGCGCCUUCUACAGCCUCUAUCUCGACCCGCUCCGCCUGCCGCUGCAGCCCGAAACCCCCGCCAACUGCCAGCAGCCCCAGCCAGGCGAAGAUGACCACUCUCAGUACACACAGAACACGCAAGACUCGCAGGAGCAGCAGCCGUGGGAGCCGCGCGCGGUGAACAUGCUGGAGAUCGGGCUCAAAUACGGCGACUCGCUCAAGCUGUGGAAGCGGGCGUUCCCGAGGGGCAGGAUAUAUGGCAUUGACAAUGAGAUGAUCUCCAAGGUAAGCACCGGGGUUCCUAGGGUGAACAUGCUGGAGAUCGGGCUCAAAUACGGCGACUCGCCAAAGCUGUUGAAGAGAGCGUUUACGAGAGGCAGGAUGUGCGGGAUCGACCAUGAAAUGAUGGUGUCUCUUCCCUCUCUCUUGACCAUGUUUAUCCCACACCACCCAUCCCUCACCUGUCCAUGUCUGUCCCAAACCCAUCCCCUGUUCUCUUCGCUUCGCCGCUCGUCUCCGCAGAAGCACCAGGCGGAGGCGAGGGACCCGCGGGUGCGGCUGAUGGUGGGCGACCAGGCGAAUGGGACGUUCCUGGAGCAAGUGGUGGCCGAGAUAAAGAACGAUGUUGAGUGUGAUGUGGUGUGGUGUUGCAUGGCGAGGGUUGGGCUUAAACUAGAGGUGGGAUGGGAUGGGAUCACUUGGGUUGGGAGGGGAGGGGAAGAGAGGGGAUGGGACGGUAUGGGAUGGGAUGGGUUGGGCUGUGUGGGUGGGAUGGGAUGGGAAGGGAAGUUAAGGAAAGGAAAGGGAAGGGAAGAGAAGGGAAAGGGAAGGGAUGGGGUGGGAUGGGAUGGGAUGGGAUGGGAUGGGAUGGGAUGGGAGGGAAUGGGUUGGGAUGGGAUGGGGUGA